ACAUGUUAUUAGACUCUGAAAGUAAAGAUGAUACUUAUUCACAUGCUCUAUUAUUGCCUAAUCUUAAUCAAUUAGAAAAAGAAUUUAAAAUUGCUAUUUCAGAUUCUUUAAAUAAAUAUUGGCUUGAUUUUUGUGAAGUUGGAUUAGUAGCUACCUUCUUAGACUCCAGAACCAAAAAAAUUGAUGAUCAACCACAACAAAUAUCAACAUUAAUAACUACCAAAAUAACACAAAAUCUAUUUUUUGAAAGUAUUUUCAGAGUACAAGAUCAAGAGGAUAUGACUUUAAAUGAGUUAGAACAAUAUCUAAAUAUUGCUCCUAUUAAUAUAAUACCAAUCCUUAGCA